AUGCAUCGUCUUUUUGCUGAGCUGGAGCCAUCUUUAACCAUCACAGAGCAAAACCUGGCAGACAGAAUUCAGUAUAUCUUGCGCUCAAAUAUAUUUGAUGCCGCCGAACUCGAACGGCUACGAUGUGAGGCUGUUCCCUCAUCGGAUGAAAAUGCUACUGCUGAGGAUGCGAAGCCACAAAUUGUAGAGCAACCCGCAAACGUGGAUGCCGCCGUGAAUACCCCAGUUGUGGUUGAUUCAAACGAUGAUGGAACAGUCGCCCAGGAACUGGAAUUAGAGCAUAUGAGGAGUACACAGGAAGAGGCGAUUGUGGAAACGCGCAGUACGCCUCUCGAAAAUCGACCGCGACUUCCCCGCAUAGCCCUAAGCAAGCGGAAUCGGGCUGUCUUAAGGGCUCUGAAGCAGAGAAUAGCUGCUUGUGGAAAGUGGAUUCGGCGAUAUAUCGAGAGGUCGACACGGUUAAACCAGAAUCGUCUCUUCAUCAUCUCAUGUGGGGUUCAGAAGUGUGAUCAGAAAAGGCUCUAUAAAUCAUUGGAGCGACCAAUGGUAAGUGGAACGGGCCCAGCAUUGAAUCAGGCUGACACUGUCGCAUUCUGGCGCGGCCUGUGGUAA